AUGACGUUCAAGAAGCAUCUCAUCAUCAGCACGGUCGUGCGAGUUUUUCUAAUAUACUACGGCGAGGUGCAGGACAGUUUGUCGGACGUCCAGUACACCGAUGUGGAUUACCGAGUGGUCACCGAUGCCGCGAACCAUGUGCUCUCGUUUGGUUCCCCCUUUAAACGACACACCUAUCGAUAUACACCACUGCUGGCGUACCUCGUGCUCCCAAAUCUGUUGAUCCAUCCGAGUUUCGGCAAGUUCGUUUUCUCCCUCUUCGACAUCUUUAUCGGAGUGCUGAUCAAAUGGAUCUUACUAAACUGCUAUCGUAGCAACAAAAUAUCAAUCGAGACAAAGCUGCUCAAGCUGGAAACGUUAAACAAUCGCAACAAGUACUUGAUCAAGCGUAAAAACGAAAUUCUCAACAGCAACAAUGAAGCGUUGCCUCAGAAGUACAUUCGCAUGGCGGAAAUCAGUGCCUACUGCUGGCUGUACAAUCCGCUCACCAUGAUCAUCGCCACGCGGGGCAACGGUGACUGCGUAUCGUGCUCCCUGGUACUGCUGUCGAUCUACUUUUUCCUAAAAAAUGGCCAAUCAAAUCUGCAACAUUUCAUCUCCGGCUUCUUUCUCGGUUUGUCCAUCCAUUUUCGGCUGUACCCGCUGGGAUUUUGCCUCGCGUUCUAUUUGGCAACUCUAAGCAAGCCCCCGGCAACGUGGAAGGACUAUUUGCGCGCUGUUCUUCAACCAAACACACAUCAGAUUGCUCUCGUGUUGGGAACUGUUCUAGCGCUGGUCACCGCUACUUCGCUCUUUUACUGGCUCUAUGGCUACCAGUUCCUGUACGAAUCGGUGCUUUACCAUCUUGUGCGCAAGGACACUCGGCACAACUUUUCGCUGUACUUUUAUCUGCAAUAUCUUAGUACGACGUUCGAGGUGACGGCCCUCGAAAAGCUUUUGACCUUCUUACCGCAGUUGAUACUGAUCCUGAUGCUUACCGUCCGCUAUGGACAACAUCGCCAAACGCUCGCUUUCGGUUUAUUUGCCAUAGCGUUCGUAAUGGUCGCGUACAAUCCGGUGGUCACAUCGCAGUACUUCGUGUGGUUCCUGUCACUGUUGCCGCUGUGUGUAAAGAAUUUUAAAAAUAUAGGACUCCGGAAAGCGGUCUUCAUACCGGUGAUGUGGUUCAUAUCGCAAGGCGGUUGGCUGCUUCCAGCCUACCUUUUAGAGUUCAAAGGCUGGAACACGUUCGAAUUUAUCUGGAUACAAAGCAUAGUGUUUUUCUUUUCCAACAUUUUGAUUCUUCAGAUGCUUAUCAGUAACUACGAAAUUGCUUACAACUAUAAGAUAGAUUAGAUGAUAGUAGACUCACGCACACCGCACGAUUGAAAAAUUUGUAAAUAAAGAUUUUUCUACAAUU